AUGUACCAGCUGGACGCCGUCCCCGGGCGCACCUUCGCCCCGCUGCGGCUUGACCGUUUGAUGCCGGAACUUGACGGCGACGGCGAGGAUGCAACAGGCAGUGGCGAUGCUUCUGCGUCCAGCUGCAGGAGCUGUUUCUCGCAGACCGCCUUCGCUGUGUUGGCUCUCUUGGGUCUGCAGUUCGGCAUUUUUGCGGCCCCCCAGCGACUGCGGGUGCUGCGUCCUCUCUGCGAGCGUUGGAGAGUCGCUGUGCCGCACGCCGUUAGAGCGGGCAUCGAGGAGGACGCCUGCCGCGUGGCGAUGGAGCGGCUGGCGGUAAAAAUAAGUCGCGUGAUGGAGAAAAGUUCCUAUCAAACUUCAGUUGAAAGCGAACCACGUAAAACAACUAUGCCACUUAUGUCUUCCCUUCACGGUGACGAUGGGUUGUGCCCACAGAGCACCACCGAUGAUGGAGAUGGUCGCCUCGGAGAGUUUCGGUCACGCAGCAGUUUGUGCCGGACAUCUUCUUUUGCGACGGAGGAGGUGUGCUCGGGGGCGGAGGAUUCGGCUAGCACCAUUCGCAUUCGUCCUCCCGUGUAG